GGCACACGUGAUGCGGCAGCUGCAUACAGUCGAGAUACAGUGAAGCUUGCUGGCUCAAUUGAAUUGAAACGACUGAGGUGUGACCCCAAUGAGCUGAGCAAAAGGGUCCACUUGUCAAUGUUGUUAGCAAAUUCGUUGAGCUUUCUGAAGGAGAAAAGCCUAACCUGCAGUGUUGGAAUUCCAGACUUUGGCGUCAAAGGAGCAUUUCUCUAACCAUGGAUGAUGAAAGUAGAAGGAUAUUGCGGGUAAAGGAUGCCAUCAAAGCCAUCCAGGAUUUCCCCAAGCCAGGAAUUUUAUUCAGGGACAUCUUUCCAUUGUUUAAGGAUCCUGUAGUGGUGUCCGAUACAAUCUCCUUGUUGGUUGAACAUGUGCGGGAUAAGGUUGGCUCUGUAGAUGUCAUUGUAGGUCUGGAGUCCCGUGGCUUCCUGUUUGGACCUAUGAUGGCCGUCCAGCUAGGCUGCUCAUUUGUACCAAUAAGGAAGAAAGGCAAACUACCUGGCAAGUGUAUACAAACCACCUACUCCCUUGAAUAUGGCACGGAUGUCAUUGAAGCCCAGGCAGAUGCCAUUCAGCCUGGUCAGAAGGUGGUUAUAAUGGAUGAUCUCUUGGCCACAGGAGGAACUAUGAGUGCAGCUGCAGAUCUUGUCAGCAAAAUGGAGGGCAACAUUGUGGAAUGUUUAGUCCUGAUUGAACUUGUUGACUUGAAAGGGAUCGGCAAAGUCAAACAUCCCUUCUUCAGCAUUUUGCAGUUCUGACUGGGAUUUACAUUCCAAAUCUGACCCAAUCAGACAAAAACGAGUCCGAAAUCACCAGAUCUGAUCAACUUUGGAUCUGCAGCUCUCUUUACAAGAAU